UAAUUUUAUUUUAAAAUAUGAAAAUAAUAUUUAUAUUAAAUAAUGUCCGGACCAUGUGGCAACUUGUGAUUUUUAUUUCAUUUUUGAACAAACUUGAAAAUAAAAUAUAGGCCCAAUCUCAAGGUGAUCCAAUUUAAGAAAUGAUUUCAAGUAUGAUUAUGUAAAACGGGCCUGGCCCAAACCCACCCAAGCCGAACUUGAACCCAUGUUCACUGCUAAAAUCUAGUUUGUUAUAGUUGUAAUUGAGCUAAUUAUAGCAUAUAAACUAAGAAAUUAUAUUCCAAACAGUAAUAAAAAAGAUUAAGAAAAUCAUUGGCAAUUUUAAGUAAAUUUGUUUUGAAUUUAAAAAGGAAUAAUUACAAAGACAAUAAAUAAUGUGGAAUUAUGAAUUGCAGGUAAAGAGUUUGAACUAUAAGAUGCAACACGGCAGUAAGAGUCUUGCAGAGGAGAAGAAGCUUCUUAGAGAGAUAAAACAGAAUGAAGCAAAAAUGGAUAAUAUUAAACUUAAUAAUAAUAGUACUAAUAAUAAUGUUAAUCAUGCUUCAGGAGCUGCACAGAUUCGAUACUAUUUGGGCUCCAUAAAAGAUAUUCAGGGUUAUAUUCGGUUUAUACGCAAUGAAUUGGAAAGACUGCAGAAGGAAGAUCGAAAACACACCGUAAACAUUCAACGUCAAAAGCGAGAAUUAAAGGCUAUAGAAAGUAAUAUCAGUUCUCUGCAGAAUAAACUGGAAGAUAUAAAUAGAGAGAAAUAUGAAGCAUAUGAAUGCAUUCUUCAACUCAAAAAGAAGGGUGGUGAUAUGUUAUUGUAAUUAAUAUGAAGCAUGUGUAAGCAAUUGUAACUUUUAUCUUCAAUAAGCAACUCGAAAUCAUCUUGUUCAUCAUUUGUCAAAAGGCAAACAUGACAAAGGCACUUGAAACUUGAAAGACCGAAAAGCUGGAGAUUGAACAA